AUGUCUAAAAGAACAAUAUCACAGGCAGAAUUAGAAGAAUCGGGAGUAUUCGAAUCAGAUUCAGGUGAAUCAGAAUAUGAAUCUACAAGUCAUAAUAAUAGCGAAUUUAAAGAUGUUGAGAACCAAGUCGUACGGUAUAUCAUGAGCAGAGAAUUAAAAAGUCAGGUUAUCAGAAGAGAACAUAUAACACAGUUAUAUUCGAACCGUCGAAUAAAUUAUGAUGAAUUGAUGAAGAGGGUGAAACAAACUUUAAAGGAGGUGUACGGACUUACAUUAGUAGUUAUGCCACCAAAAGAAGGCGAGAAGAAGAAUAAAUCAAGCCAGAGUAGUGGGAGACAGCCAUUGAUAUUGACGAAUUGCUUAAGUCCAGAGGGUCGCAGUGUGCUUCAUGAUAUAUGGCUUGAAGGCAGCGAUGUUGCAGUACCCAACAACAGAAAUACUGGUGAUGAUCAAUACUUUUUACCCAGGUACAAUAAGACGUCUAGUUUGGGAUCUAAUACUGAUAUGGUUAAAACAGGCGUGACAUUAUUAAUUAUGACUCUCCUUAUAAUAUCAGAGAAUCACAUGUCAGAACACGAAUUAGUGAAGGGUCUAAGGCGAUUUGGGCUAUCCGACCAUCCUAAUACCAAGAAUUCUAGUUUGAAUGCCAGUUUGCCUGAACUCAUCAAUGAGCUUGUCAAACGAGAAUACUUAGAAAAAGAGAUACAGAAGGAUUCUAAUAACGUAGAAAAUGUCGAUUACAAAUUAGGAAGACGGUCUCUAGUCGAGUUCACACCUCUUUCGGUGUUUGCAUAUGUCAAAACCGUUUACGGAGAUAGCUUCGACCUCGACACCGAAAAAAAAGCAUUGUCAACUAUAGAAAAAGCAUAUGGUAUCUCAUUGGAUGUGGCGCCAGUUCUGAUACCUGAAGCUACUCCUACUCAAGACCUGACUGAUAAUGACCCGAAUCCUGUAAAUGAACAAGAUAUUAGAGAUUCUUCGUAG